AACACCAUUGUAAAAAGAGGACUAAUAAUGAUAUAUUGUUACUCUGCCGGAAUAACCAGAGAACAAUCGUGGACUAGGCAUCAUUCUGCCUACGAAUCAUGGUUGACCAACUCCGAACAUCGACAGACCCCAAAUGUCACUAUGGACAAGUUCAAAAAGGGACGCAGCUCGAUUAUUGAUAUGCUUUGGAAACGAAGUACAAGAUUGUUUUCCAAGCUAACAUGACUCACGAUUUAAAGUGGAAACAUUAGAAAGAUGCAGGACCAUCUUUUGUAACUUGGAUAGACUCAGAUGUCCCAAACGAUUAUGAAGAAGAGUUGGAGAUUCAGUAGAAAUGCAACCUGUUGGGGAAGAUGGUUUGUCGAGAUAAUAAAGUCCCUGUGACUCAUGCCCGAUGCCAAUCAUCUGUCCCGUACCCCGAUGCUGCAUGACAACAGAAUCAGCAAAGAAGGUUAUGGAACAGUGAAUAGCACGUGUCAGUUUACUAACAGGAGCAAGAUUAAAGGGGUUGCCAGAAACAUAGAAAACAAAAUCUAAGGGUACAAAGGGAGCGGUUGUGCUUGACCAGUGCCUAUAGUGUAUGUUUUGGAACCAUUGGCAAGAGUAACAAAUGGCAAACAACAAAGAAAGAGGAAAAAGGACUUUGGUUACCAGAGAGAUAAUCAGUUGUACCAGAAUCGAGAACCCAUGGUCUAGGAGUGGUAGACCGAGUAACACAAGCAAUAGAAUUACCAGUCUGCACCACAAAAGCAGUGGAUGACGAUGUAGUUUGUUUAGAUGCCUGAUAUCGAAGGUAGUCUUCAUAAUCACUUCCAAUCUAAACAAGGGAUGGAGAGGAAUGAUUCUCAAAUGUUUCUGUUGAGGAAUUGGUUGCGACAGACUAAGCGACAUUAGCAGCAUGUGGAGGUCGACCAUGUAAUUUGUGGCACUGUUCUUGAAGAUGGCCCCACCUAUGGUAGUAGUUGCAUUUAGGACGAUUACCUCGUUGUGAGUUACCGCCUUGGUUAUUCCCUUAUUCUCCUUUGCCGAAGGUUUGUGACGCCAAAACAAAGGAAUCAACCUGAGAACCAUCGACGACUGAAGACGAGGAAGAGACCUGAAAAAGUCUAGCAAAGACAUCUUCUAGCGUUGGAACAAUAGGACUAGAUAAUAUUUGAUCCCGGACUAGAGCAAGGUCAAAUCGAAUGGCAAUCAAUCCCAAAACCAUAAAUAAUGUAUCUCGUUGCUGCAAUUGUUCGUCUGUAGUAUUAUCAACUAGCAAUAGAGAGUUAAAUUCUUCCUUCAGGGAUUCUAGGCGGCCAAGGAAUUCAAACAUAUCCAUAUCUUGUUGCUUCAAGCGAACAAUAGUGGAAAAAACAGAGUAGAGACAUUAUAUAUCAUUUGUAUAAAGAGAUUUGGUCUUUGUCCAUACCUGAACACAAGUCUUGUAUGCUUUGUAAAUAACAUAUAGUUUGGGAUCAAUUGUUUGCCAUAACAUGUUGCAAAGAAGAGUGUCGGUUUUCUUCCAGGUUGCUUUCUCAGUAGCAAGAAUUGCAUCGGCUUUCGUACUUAGGUGAUCUUCCAUUACUUGACCCAUGAACCAUAACUCAACAGAGGCAACCCAAGACAUGUAAUUGGUACUUCCAACCAGUUUUUCAAAGGUAAUGAUAAAUGAAGAAGAAAAAGGCGAAGAGAAACCUACAGAUUUAGAUUCGGAGGCAAUUGAAGAAGCUAGACUCUCCAUAAUUUGGAUGGAAGGUAGUUUUGAAGUGUCUUUAAUGGAAAAUCUGUCAGAAGGACUCUCCAUAUUUUGGAUAGAAGUCACUUUUGAAGUGUCUUCAAUGGAAAAUCUGUCGGAUGUGGAGUGGAUCUAGUUCAGGUGGGUCUAGAAAAAUCUGAUGGGUUGAAUCUGGUUUGAUGGGUGUCAGAUUUGGGCUAAAUAGAUCUGAAGAAGGAGAACAACAAGGAAGUGGCCACAUCUAGGCAGCGUGGGCGCGGAGGAAGCCGUGAGCAGUGGUGGUGAUGCUGGGCGUCGGCAAUAGUGGUGGUGGGUGUGGAUUUGGUCAAUGGCAACAGAGGCCGCGAUCUGGAGGAGGCUGCAAAGGCGGAUCUGGUUGACGCGUGGAGGAAACCAGGCAACGAUGGCGACAAAGUAGGCCGCGAACAAUGGGGGCGCAAGGGCUGGCGAAGGCCAACGGUCGUGAGAUCUGGUGAAGGUCACGAUUGUUAAGCGACAGUGGAGGUCGCCAGCAACGACAACUGGAUUUUGGUGAUGGCAGUUGGCAAUGGUGGCUAUGGAGGCCAGAUCUGAGAAGUGAUGGUGGAUACCGACAGCGACGGUCACACGAUGGCAAUGCUCUGGUGAUAGCUACUGCAAACACCAAUAGAUCUAUGGUCACCGGCAAGGGAAUGCUAUGACACUGGCGAGCAGCAGCAGUGGAGAAGAUGGAGAUGAGCUAUGAAAGAGGGACGCUGGAGAUGCACGCAAUCGUUGAGACGAGAUCUGAAGGAGGUGGUGACUGCAACUAGGGUUUGGCAAUGGGAUCUUCAGCAACUGAAAAGUCAAAUGGAGUCAAACAUAGAACCCACUCUCACAAGGUGUCUACUAAGUUUGCCAACAAUGCUGCUAAGAGAAACCCCAGGUUUCUUGGUAUGGAAGUUGAGGAUAUAGCAGCUACCAAGAUUCAGACUGCGUUCAGGGCAUAUAUGGCAAGGAAAAAACUUCGUCGUUUGAAGGGGAUAUUUAGAUUGCAGAUCCUGACCCAAAGUCAAUCUGUAAGCAAACAAGCUUCAACUACAUUGAGUCAUCUUCAUUCAUGGAGCAGGAUACAGGGUCAGAUCAGAGCUCGUAGAGUUGCAAUGGUCACAGAAGGACGGAUUAGACAGAAGAAACUGGAGAAUCAAUUGAAGCUUGAGGCAAAACUUCACGACCUUGAGGUGGAGUGGAAUGGUGGCUCUGAAACAAUGGAGGAAAUUCUUGGAAGGAUUCAUCAGAGGGAAGAAGCAGCAGGCAAACGGGAGCGAGCUUUAGCAUAUGCAUUUUCCCACCAGUGGAGAGCCAACUCCAACUCAAUCCUUGGCCCUCCUGAACUUGGCAAAGCUAACUGGGGUUGGAGCUGGAUGGAACGCUGGAUCGCAGCCAGACCAUGGGAAAGCCGGGCCUUUAUCCAGUCGAGCCCCAAAAAACCAUCUAGUCGGCCUGGCAACAAAGCUGGUAAAAGCACAAGCACACCUACCAUGAAAUCGGCAGUUUCAGCCAAAAGCAUUUCACCAAAUGGGAAGGGACCUAUCAAGGCCCGGAAACUCUCUCUCUCGGCAGCUGAGAAAUCAGUUCCACAGAGCAACACAACUUAAGAAGAGGAAGCCAUCUAUCAAUAUCUCUUAGCAAGAAAUGGAUGUUGAUGCAUUUAAAGGACAAAUCAUUUGUUCUCAGUCGUAUAUGUUGAAGAAGAAGAUAUGGAGAGAAGUCAAUUCUUUUUGAAUUUCUGAGGUUCAUUGGUGUUUCUAUUAAUUUGAAUGUGCCAUGCAGUAUAGAAUGAAAGAGAAUAGGAUGCGAUUGCGAGUCACCUGGCCUUUUCUUGGUCUUGCUUCGUUUGUUUUUUUUCCCUCAUUUCUUGAAUUUGUAUAUUUUGGGUGAAUCUUCUUCAUAAUGUAAAUAGAGAAGACUCGUCUCUCUUCCCUUGUGGAUUUA